ACCCGGUUGGUUACUGAAAACAAGCGAUGAAUACGAGGUUGUUUUGUAUGGAUGAAACCGAACAUUGGAGCAAUAAUACACGUUCAUAAAGCAUCAAUGGCUUCACCUACUAUUCAAAUGGCAACCUCAAAAUUCGUUCUUUCGCAAAACUCAUCAGCGUUGAAGAUUUCCAGUCUUCCCAAUAAACCAAUCACUUUCGUUGGGUCCAAUUUCAAAGUUCACGUUCUUUCCUCUAACAACAAUGGUGCAGCUUCUAGCUGCUCUUCUCAUGGGUCUGCAUCAAGUUUAAAAAAAGAUGAGAACAGACGCCGAAGUAAUCUUGAAUCUCUGUUUUGUUAUGAUAAAGCUAUCCCAGAAGAAAUAAUUGAGAAGCCUGUUGGGUUAUCUUUGGCUGAAAAAGCUAUUGGUAACAAUACCAGAUGCAAUGACUGUCAUGCCAAAGGUGCCGUGCUUUGCGCCACUUGUGCUGGUUCAGGUCUAUAUGUUGACUCCAUAAUGGAAAGUCAGGGCAUAAUUGUUAAAGUUCGUUGCCUAGGUUGUGGGGGAACUGGUAAUAUAAUGUGUACAGAAUGCGGGGGACGAGGUCAUCUGGGAUCCAAAUGAUCUAAGUCCGACUUUUUGGAAUUCUGUUGUACCACCAAUAUGUAAUGUUUUGGUUGGCAUUGCUUGUAAGUCAUUAUUAUUUUUAAUUUUUUGUUAUGUCAAGGAUAUCUACCAAUACCAACCAGAUCAGUCUUACAGUUCUUGAUUAUGUGUACUCACAAUAUUCUUUUGUUAUACAGAUUGAUUACCUUAAAUAAAUUUACAUGAAAGUUAUAGUUGAA